UGACAAAACUGUUGGGACAUCAGGAGCUGGAAGUGUUUUAAGCCUGUUCAAACAUGGAGCACUGGGACACACUGGGAUUUUUGAUAGUCACACUCAACUAUAAUGUGACUAUUGUAGGGAAGAUCUGGCUGAUGCUGAUAAUUCUGCUGAGAAUGGCAGUGGUGGUGUUAGCAGGCUACCCCCUCUACCAAGAUGAGCAGGAACGCUUUGUCUGCAACACCCUGCAACCAGGAUGCUCCAACGUUUGCUAUGACUUGUUCUCCCCCGUAUCUCACUUUAGGUUCUGGCUCAUUCAGACCGUGUCUAUCCUGCUGCCUUAUGCUGCAUUCAGCAUUUAUGUUUUGCACAAGGCUGCCAUGUACAUGGUAAGAAUGCACUGCCUGGGGCAUGAGUGCAAGAGCAACAAGGGUUUAUCGAGCCCCAAAGAUGUGAAGGAGCUUUGUAGAAGUACAGUUGUCAAUAGAGUAGAUUGUGGUGCAGACAACCUAAGAGUCCUUAAUUUUUCAGGAGCAUAUACUGUUCAUCUUUUUAUUAGGACCCUGCUUGAGGCUGCCUUUGCAGUUGUGCAGUACUUUCUUUUUGGAUUUGUUGUUCCUGACCGCUUUUCAUGCUACCACUCACCUUGCACGAGCGCUGUUGACUGUUACAUCUCCCGGCCCACUGAGAAAUCCAUCAUGAUGAUUUUCAUCUGGGGGGUCAGCAGUCUGUCCUUCCUGCUCAGCCUUGCUGAUCUCGUCUGUGCCCUCCAGAGAAUGACAGCAAGAAACCAAAAGAACAAGCUGCUGGCAAACAUCUGCACAGAGAAGGAGUGCAUGUUGCAUCUUCCCCCAGUCCAGCUGAGUAGCUCUUCUCCACCUCACAAUGGGGAUGGCCCAGUAGCAAAUAGCUGUCAGACCAGUGAUGGCUCCUGCUCUCUUCUCUCUGAAGAGGACGAGGCUGUUCUUCAUCCUGAAGGUGUCCCUCAGCAAAGUGCCAGCACUAACCUCAGCAGCAGCAGUAAGUGCUGUGCAUCAGGAGACUUUGCUGUUGGGCAACAGAGCACUGAAGAGCCCUCGUGUGCCAGAGAGCACCAAGGAACUCCCUGCAGCCAAGUGAGACCCAGACUUCAGCAAGACUUCAUUAAAGAUACUGCCCUGGCUUUGAGACCUCAGCUCGAGUCUCCCCUUGGAGUUUCUUCCUCUGUUGUUCAGAGCAAGCUUUUAGGGUUCUACCCUUCAGCUGAGCUAAAAAGCCCCGAUGCACAAUCAAAUUAUAGCAGCACUAGCUGCCUGAGAUCAAAAAAGUCAGAAUGGGUAUAG